AUCAUUACCAGAUGUUUCCAGAUAAAAAUUAUCAAAUCAGACUUAAGAGUUAAAGAACCUUGAUCAAACUAAUUUUAAGAGGUUUAUUUAUAGAAAAAUGGUAAAAAGACCUUCCUUUCUGUACUUUGAUAAAAGAAAUGGGUCAGAAUUUUUUUUAUUCCAUUUGAAAAAAUGAGUUAGGYCGUUUGUUUUUGUACGGUUGGCUGCGCUGCUCAGGUGAAAAUGGCGUGUGUCAACUGUCAUUGAUUUUUUCUCACCAACAACAACAAAAAAAUGAAUUGUGAGAAUUUUUUUGGUAAUGAAUAAGAGUUUUUUAGUGCAAAACCAAAGUUUGUGAUAAAAUAGCGCCGUGUUAUCACCUCAAGAUGCAAAACAAUUGACGCGUUCUUACAAGUACAUGAUGUACGCCACCAAACAACCCUCCUUAAGGAUUAAUCAAGCCGAUCUCAAGUGCAAAAAUGGAUGCGGUUACUACGGAAAUGCCGACUGGGACGGGUACUGUUCGAAAUGCUACCGCAACCACAUGGACCAGGAGCGCCAACGCAAGGGGGCGCGCCACUCCGACCCAACGAAAGUCGUUUCCGGUUUUUCGAAAUUCGAAGAGAAGAAACGUCAACAGACCGACAAGAAGAACAAAUACUUGAAAAGUUUGCCUGUUUUUCGGAAAACUUCGAACGCCAAAGAUUCGGGUCGUCCGGAGCGUCAUUUAGAUUUGAGACAGGCAAAUCCCGAUGCUGAUAAGUUGACAGCUGAGUUUAUUUCGUUGUAUGGUGUGUGGGGGGAGCAAGUCCGUCGGGAUUUUUUCAAGUGUGUUCAYUCCUUCACAACGAAGAUUUACAGCGAGUUGGAGAAUAAACCGAUCGAGGAUAUCGCAGAAAUGGCACAGAAAUAUUACAAUUUGUACAGUAAUCGAGUCAAUAAUACGGAAACUUAUCAGGAAGUUACCACCGACGUCCGUGAUGAGUUACUGGAUUUUUUCGAAAAGUAUGUCAUGGUUAGUCUCUACAGUUGGUUGUUUUGUCCUCCGAGUACUAACGACGAAGAAAAGGAUUUAAUCAUUCAAGAACGCAUACGCAAACUUAGUUGGGUCAAUGCCCACCAUUUAGACUGUUGCAUUAGCGAAACUAGUAUAGAAGUUAGAGAUUUAGUUUACACAGCAAUCACACAUUUACUAGGAAUGGAUUCGAUGAAAGCACCACAAGAAAAACUCUCUUGUGUUGUUUCCUGUUGUCAGAGUGUUGUCAAAGUUUUACAACAUUGUCAAGGUGGUCCUGUUAGUGCUGAUGAAUUUCUACCAGCACUCAUUUUCAUUGUUUUAAAAGCAAAUCCAGCACGACUCAAAAGUAAUAUUCUUUACGUGACACGAUUUUGCAACGAUAGUAGAUUAAUGCAAGGCGAGGCUGGUUAUUAUUUCACUAAUUUGUGUUGUGCCGUUUCAUUUAUUGAAAAUUUAACAGCUGAAUCGUUAAAUAUGCCACAGCAGGAAUUCGAGGGUUAUAUGAACGGUGAAAUAACUGCAGUAAGUGCAUGGGAAUCGGCCCUAGUGGCAUGUGAGGGGAUGCACCAACUCUGUGAACAUUUAUCUCUUCUCAAAGACUUGUCAAUUCGGACGAAUACCGUUCAAGAUGAGACGAAAAAACUCACUGAUGAUAUUUUAAAAUUCAAAGAGGAGAUGAAUGAGAAAGUUAAUGCGGUUUUAGAACGAACUCCACUUAUAAUUAAGCCGAGGAAAACACCCGAAGAGCUCAAAACCGAAUCAAAAAUUGUCCACGAUGACACUCACCAAAAUUUCUUCUUGCAAAAUCUACAAAUCGCUCAGAGUAAUAUCGACGAUGCUAAAACUAAACUACAAUUAGACAUCACACCUUGUGUUGGUGGUAAAAAUUCACCAAUUGAAAAUGAUCACAGUCUUUCGAAAAUCAACUACGAUAUUGAUUUCUCCGAUUUGAGUGGUGAAAAUAGCUUAAAUGAAUUAACACCAGAAAAAAGAAAAUCCCCAAGUUUUACUCCAGAUCCUUUUAGUCCAGUUGGUAGUACGUGUACUAUAACACAAGCCCCUUUAAUACCCACAAAACCGGACGAUUUUGUACUACCAUUCGUAGAGACAGACGAUGGGACGAAUCUACCAUCACCCAUCAAACCCAUGACYGCACAAUAUUCAGGAUUCUCCAAACAGGGCUGGCAAAUACCCAGCAUUCCGUGCAUUACGGGAGACCUGGGGGCGAACACAUCACAGGCUAGUCAAUCGAGUCAAGAUAAGGAAAAUUAAGGUCUUAUUUUGUAUCAUUUUAUUUCAAAUAUAUUUUAUUCCUCUACAA